AUGGGCAACUGCAUCCCAGUGAGCCCCAGUGUCCUGGAGAGCAAAAACUCCCUGGACCUGCUGGACAUCAUGGGCAACCUCUCCUACGACGACAGCAACAUGACCUCCCUGGACUACGAUGCCGCACCCUGCCACAACCAGUACUGUCCCUUCUUCCAGCGUGUGGCCCCCACCUUCCUGGCUGUCACCUGUGCCGCAGCCACCCUGGGCACUGGGGCACUGCUCAUGGCACUGGCUAAGCGGCCCCAUGCCUGGGGUUGGCCCCAGAGCCGAGCACUGGUGGCCCAGCUGGCGGUGGGUAUGGGUCUCUUCGCCACCCUGCUGCCGUCGGUGGCAGUGGGCAUCGGGCAGGGCUGGCGGCUGGGCACAGGGCUGUGCAAGCUCACUCACCUGCUGUGGCACUGGAGCCUCUUCGCGCAGGGGCUGCUGGUGGGCAGCAGCUCCUGCAGCACCGCCUGGUGCCGCUGGGACAGCCGGAGCUGGCGGCUGGCCGUGGCCGUAUGGGCUGGGGCGCUGCUGCUGGCAACACCAGCAGCUCUCGCCAGCGGCACAGUGGCAGCCCCAGAGACGAGCUGCAUUCGCCGGAGUGUGGACAUCCUCUCCCCAGCAUAUCUGCUGCACCUCGCCCUCUGCCUCUGCUUCUUCCUGCUGCUGCCGGCGGUGCUGCUGGCAGCCACGCUGGCCAUGCCGCGGCUGAGGGCGGGUUGGGAGCCAGGCAUCAGCAUGAGCUGGCUCUUCUUUGGGCUCUGGGUGCCUUAUGGCGUGGGGCUGGCCGUGGAUUUCCUCCUGCACACCCAGCUGCUGCAGCCUACCUGCAGCACCUUCGAGAACUUUGACUACGUGCUGGGGCUGAGCGAGGGGCUGGGGGUGCUGCACUGCUGCUUGGGGCCCACAGCACUGCUCGCCGCCCGGCUCUGUCACCACAGGGCAGGCACCAGCAGCAGCAGCUGA